AUGAGACACAGUGUAGAGGUGAGACACAGUGUAGAGAUGAGAGACAGUGUAGAGGUGAGAGACAGUGUAGAGAUGAGAGACAGUGUAGAGAUGGGACACAGUGAGAUGAGAGACAGUGUAGAGAUGAGACACAGUGUAGAGAUGAGACACAGUGUAGAGAUGAGACACAGUGUAGAGAUGAGACACAGUGUAGAGAUGAGAGAGAGUGUAGAGAUGAGAGACAGUGUAGAGAUGAGACACAGUGUAGAGAUGAGACACAGUGUGAGAGAUGAGAGACAGUGUAGAGGUAAGACACAGUGUAGAGAUGAGACACAGUGUAGAGAUGAGAGACAGUGUAGAGAUGAGAGACAGUGUGGAGAUGAGACACAGUGUAGAGAUGAGAGACAGUGUAGAGAUGAGACACAGUGUGAGAGGUGA